AUGUCUACAGCUGUUGAUAAUACAUAUACAAAUGAUACACUCUUCAAGUUGAUCUCAAGUGCAGCACUUGAACAGAAGAGCACCAAUGCGAUGAUCUUGCCAUCGAACACUACCUCAACAGACUUUAGCCAAGUUACCUAUGGUCAGUUUCUUCAGGAUGCUGUCAGUGUAGCACAUCUCCUCCAAAGCAAUGGAUUCAAACAGGGUGAUGUUGUUUCAAUUGUCUUGCCAAAUGGUUAUCCAAUCCUUGCUUGCUUCGCUGGUACAACAUUUUCUAGAUGCAUUGCAGCACCUUUGAACUCAUCUUACAAAGAGGAUGAGUUCAACUUUUACCUUCAGGACAUGAAUGCCAAACUUGUCAUUAUUCAGGAUGGUCUAACUGAAGCCAAAGCAGCUGCCACCCAGUUGGGUCUCAAUGUGUGGACAUUGAAGGACAACUUCGACUAUGCCUCCAACCAGUACCACUUUGAGUUGUUUGACCAGAAAGAUAACAAGCUUGACUUGUCGUCCAAGGGAACAGAGCUCGCUGACCCACCUCAGCCAGAAGAUGUAGCUAUAUUCCUUCACACGAGUGGUACUACCAGCAAGCCCAAGGGAGUCCCAUUGACACACAAGAACAUAUCCACCUCGUUGGUGAACAUUGCCAAGACAUUCCAUCUGUCAAAGACCGAUCGCUCAAUGGUUGUCAUGCCACUGUUCCAUGUGCACGGACUGAUUGGCGUCAGCUUGUCAACUCUAAUCAGUGGUGGAUCCCUAAUCACUCCACCAAAGUUCAGUGCACAAUGCUUUUGGGCACACGUCAAGCAGCACAAGGCAACCUGGUACUCUGCCGUUCCAACCAUCCACGCCAUCCUCAUCUCACUGGAGAAGUCAAUGGAGGAUAGUCCGAACAAGGCAUUCCUCAGGUUCAUUAGAAGUUGCAGUUCAUCCCUCUCGCCAACCUUGUUUGAAUCUUUGGAGAAAUGUUAUGGUUGUCCAGUAGUAGAGUCGUAUGGAAUGACAGAGUCAUCACAUCAAAUGACCUCAAACAGACUCCCAGAGGAUGGAAAGAGAAAGGUCAGCUCAGUUGGCAAGGGUGCCUUUGUUGAAGUUGGAAUCGCCAAUGAAGAGGGUAACCUCUUGGCUGUUGGUCAGGUUGGUGAGGUGUGCACCCGUGGCAACAACGUCAUGAAGGGAUACAACAACAACCCAACGGCAAACAUUGAGAAUUUCACCAAGCAAGGUUGGUUCUUGACCGGCGACAUUGGCUAUUUGGACGAUGAGGGAUACCUGUUCCUCAAGGGGAGAAAGAAGGAGAUCAUCAACAGAGGUGGAGAAAAGAUCAGUCCUCUCGAGAUUGACAACUCACUCUUGGAGUGCGAGCACAUUGCAGAGGCUGUCUGCUUUGGUGUACCAGACGCCAAGUAUGGUGAGGAGAUUUGGGCUGCAGUGGUACCCAAGACAUCCAAGCCAGACCUAACUGAACAAGAGGUGAUGGAGUUCCUUCAGAAGAAGAUUGUCUCUUUCAAGAUACCCAAGAAGAUCUUUGUCACCGACAGCUUCCCCAAGACUACGACGGGAAAGAUUCAAAGACGAUUCAUCUCGGAACACUUCCUCAAGAUUUACUCCCUUAGGAAGUAA